AUGUUUUCAAUCACUCAUGGCACCAUAUAUUCUACCAAACUGAUUGUUCCGAGUUUCCCAGGAUCACAAACACAACUUGGCAAUUUGAUAGAUGCUCCUGUCAGAGAAGGUCCAACUGUAUGGGACAUUGGAUUCCCGGAUCGUACAGCUAUUGAUAGUUAUGUUCCUGAUGUGAAUCCAAUGUAUGUCAAUAAGUUAUUUCUCAACAGCCCUGAGAAAUUCAGGCAAUACGGUUUGUGUGACAGAGAUACUGAUAUACACCCUGAAUCUGAUCAAGUUUUCACUAUAGGCGUCAAUGAUCCAAAGAAAGAUUGGUUCUUUGCUCAUGUCGACAGGAGAGGACAAGGACAGUAUCUUCCAUCAACAUGGAAAAUCAACUUUAAUCUCAAUUCAGUAACCAGUGGAAGCUACAAACUGAGAUUAGCAAUUGCAUCAGCAACCCAUUCUGAUCUCACGGUUUAUGUCAAUUACAUGGAGGUAGAACACCUAGUGUUUCAGGUGACGAACCUGGGGACAGAUAACACAGUUUGUCGACAUGGAAUUCAUGGACUUUACCGGCUUUUUAACAUUGAUGUUUCCUCAUUGUUGCUGAUUAAGGGAGACAAUUCCAUAUUUCUCACCCAGACUAAGGCAGGAGAUGCACUUUGCGGAAUCCUCUAUGAUUAUAUAAGGCUUGAAGCCCCAGUGACUCCUAAUCAUCACAUAACUAAUGACUAG